AUGGUGGUUACGAUCAUUGCUAUAUUUGAAAAGUCUAAGACUUUUUCACAUUUUGCCAGGUCUCAUACUGCUGAUGAGUCUUGUGAGGAAGAUGAAAUUAGCAGUGUAUAUGAAGUUGUUUUUGAUCAUAAUGAUAACAACAAUAUUAACAACCCAACAAAAAUUAAAUGGUCAUUUGAUAUAAACUUAAAUAAUAAUCAAAGACAUGUUGUUAUAACAGAAUAA